UCGUCAACUACAUUUCUUCGUCGCCUCGCCUGCCCAACUCAAACCCUAGUUGUGCUCCGGCCUUAUCAUUCUCAGAGUAGGAGUAGAAGUUGAAGGAGCCGCGUCUAGUCCCGUCUCGUUACUGCCGGAGUGGAAGGAGACGCGACUUGCCCGAUGGAUAAUUCCGAUAACCAUCCGUCGACUCCCGGGUCGCCGACCUCCGCUGGGUUCAGUACUGACCGGUUGCCGCCAAACACGAGCCGCAACACCGAUUCUUACUCUGACGAGGAUGAGGCUGCCGUCGACCCUCAUAUCAUCGGGGACGACGACGGUGGCGAUGGCGACGGUAAUGAGGAGGACGAGGAGGGGGAGGAUCUGUUCAACGAUAAUUACAUGGAAGAUUACCGUCGGAUGGAUGAUCAAGACCAGUAUGAGAGGGUCGGACUCGACGACUCAAUGGAGGACGAGAGGGAUCUGGACCAAAUAAUGGCCGAUAGGAGGGCAGCAGAGGUGGAGCUCGACGUUAGGGAUGGCCGCACCGGCACUGGUGGCAUCCUUGAUCGGAAGCUGCCCCAGAUGCUCUAUGAUCAAGACACAGAUGAUGAUACCAACAUCAGGCGUCCAAAAAGAUUCAGAGCUGAUUUUAGGCCACCAACUGGUGGAAGAAAUGAUGACACUGAUGGUGGCUCUCAAAGUUCACCAGGAAGAUCCCUACAAGGACACUCUAGAGAGGAUGUUCCAAUGACUGAUCAGACAGAUGAUGAUCCAUAUGAGGAUGAAUAUGAUGAGGAGGGUGAGAUGAGUAUGUAUCGCGUCCAAGGAACUUUGAGAGAAUGGGUCACAAGAGAUGAAGUUCGUCGAUUUAUUGCGAAGAAAUUCAAAGAGUUUCUUCUUACUUAUGUGAACCCUAAAAAUGAACGAGAAAUUGAAUACAUCCGCUUGAUAAAUGAGAUGGUUUUAGCUAACAAGUGCAGUUUAGAGAUAGACUACAAGCAGUUCAUAUAUAUUCACCCAAAUAUUGCCAUAUGGUUGGCUGAUGCUCCACAAUCUGUGCUUGAAGUUAUGGAGGAAGUUGCUAGGAAUGUUGUUUUUGAUCUUCACAAGAAUUAUAGAAACAUUCAUCAAAAGAUUUUUGUGCGAAUAACUAAUUUGCCAGUGUAUGAUCAGAUCCGGAACAUUAGGCAGAUUCACCUUAACACAAUGAUUCGUAUAGGAGGUGUUGUUACUCGACGGUCUGGAGUUUUUCCUCAGUUGCAGCAAGUGAAAUUUGAUUGCAACAAAUGCGGUGCUGUUCUUGGUCCUUUCUUUCAGAACUCUUAUUCUGAAGUAAAAGUGGGAUCUUGUCCUGAGUGCCAGUCGAAAGGACCAUUCACUGUAAAUGUUGAACAGACAAUAUACAGGGACUAUCAAAAACUUACCCUUCAGGAAAGUCCUGGAAUUGUCCCUGCUGGUAGGCUUCCAAGAUACAAGGAAGUGAUACUUUUAAAUGAUCUGAUUGACUGUGCCCGACCUGGAGAAGAAAUUGAGGUCACAGGCAUAUACACAAACAACUUCGACUUAUCUUUGAACACAAAGAAUGGAUUCCCUGUGUUUGCUACAGUGGUUGAAGCCAAUCAUAUUGCUAAAAAGCAGGAUCUUUUCUCUGCCUAUAAACUUACCGAUGAUGACAAAGCUGAGAUUGAGAAACUGGCAAAGGAUCCAAGAAUUGUAGAAAGGAUUAUAAAAUCUAUUGCGCCUUCAAUCUAUGGUCAUGAAGACAUUAAAACAGCCAUUGCACUUGCCAUGUUUGGAGGACAAGGGAAGGAUGCUGAGGGAAAACAUCGGGUAAGGGGGGAUAUAAAUGUUCUCCUGCUAGGUGAUCCAGGAACUGCAAAAUCCCAAUUUCUUAAGUAUGUGGAAAAGACAGGGCAUAGAGCUGUUUAUACAACAGGUAAAGGUGCUUCUGCAGUUGGGCUUACUGCAGCAGUGCAUAAAGACCCAGUAACAAGAGAAUGGACUCUUGAAGGUGGUGCUCUUGUUCUUGCCGAUAGAGGAAUAUGCUUAAUUGAUGAGUUUGACAAAAUGAAUGAUCAGGACAGAGUGAGUAUUCAUGAAGCCAUGGAACAACAAAGCAUCAGCAUAUCAAAGGCCGGAAUAGUUACAUCACUCAAGGCCCGUUGUAGUGUCAUGGCAGCAGCAAAUCCAAUAGGAGGAAGAUAUGACUCAUCAAAGGCGUUCUCCCAAAAUGUAGAGUUGACAGAUCCAAUCAUAUCACGAUUUGACAUUCUCUGUGUUGUUAAGGAUAUAGUUGAUCCCGUCACCGAUGAAAUGCUUGCGACUUUUGUUGUAGACAGCCAUGCCAAAUCACAGCCAAAGGGCGCUACACUUGAAGACCAUCCUGCGAGCAUAUCACAAGAUGAUAUUCUGGCUUCUGAUAGACCAGUUGACCAAGAGAUUCUUUCUCAAGACAUGCUGAAGAAGUAUAUAACUUAUGCGAAAUUAAAUGUAUUCCCCAAAUUACAUGAUGCUGACUUGGAUAAAUUAACAAUUGUUUAUGCUGAACUACGCCGAGAAUCAUCUCAUGGACAAGGGGUUCCAAUAGCAGUUAGGCACUUUGAAUCCAUGAUCCGAAUGUCAGAAGCUCAUGCGAGGAUGCACUUGAGGAGCUAUGUUACUCAAGAAGAUGUAGACAUGGCAAUACGAGUCCUGCUUGAUUCUUUUGUCUCGUGCCAGAAAUUUGGCGUCCAAAAAACUUUACGAAAGAGUUUCAUGAAGUAUAUGACCUUCAAGAAGGAUUACAAUGAGCUUCUCUUGCAUCUUCUGCGUGGUCUUGUGAAAGACGCACUGUAUUUUGAGCAGAUUGUAUCAGGCACAACUGCUCGUCUGACCCAUAUAGAGGUGAAAAUGGAAGAUCUAAGGAGCAAGGCCCAAGAACAUGAAAUCUAUGAUCUGAAGCCAUUCUUUUCCAGUGCUCAUUUUGCCAGUAACAAUUUCGUUUUGGAUGAAAGUCGUGGCUUAAUUAGGCAUCCUCUAGCAACUUAGAGCACGAGGGCCAAGCUCACAUUUGCGUUUGCUCACAAGCAGGCUACUUCAUAUUCUUACACUUGAUCUUUGGCGAUCAUUAACAUGACAAGCUUCCUUAUUCUGCUUCUUCUGUUAAUUAUUUUGAAUUAAGAUGUUCGAGUGCAAUGAUCCAUGAUGCUUAGAUACUAAUAGUGCCUUUAUUUGGCUGAUGCAAUGGGUAAGCUUUUAAAAGUUUAUCUUUUA